UCACGUGUUCGCGACAGUCGCCGCCGACGCCGCCUCGUUUCCGUCGCAUUCUGUCUUCUGUCAUUUCCGUCGGGCUUUGUGUGUCGCUCGGCGAUUACGACUGGUGCGAUUAGUGCGGAUUAGUGCAUUAGUGCAGUUCAGUCUGUUCGGUGCAAUUUAGUGGUGUGAAUGGUGUGAUACGGCCUGAUACGGCCUCUGAUAAGGUACGCGCGACGUUUCGUUCGAGGAGAUCGGAGUGUCGCGUUAUCGAUCAACGCGGGAGGAAGCUCUCUCGGCGCGACUCUCAUCGAGGAAUUCAACGCGAGGAUCUCGCCGUGUGUCAUGGGAGAAGUGUCUGUUGCUACGCUAGCUUCGUGACUCAUCGCGCGAACGAUCGACCCACUUGUCGUCCUGUGUUGACAAGUGCGCGCCAGGAGACGCCGAUCUCUCAUCUCGUCCUCGACGCCGCUAACGAUCGCGCGAGGAAAUCGCACGAGGUCAUUGAUACCCAAUAAAAGAACAAAGUACUGGACGUGUCAAGAAAGCCGAAAAACAAAUACCCGAGUGACGCGGCACGUUAAAUACCCUCAUAAAGAAAGAGAGCACCACGUCGCCUCAGCUUCGUCGCGGAGAAACGGCGAGGAGCGAUUGUUACGUUUGCAUCGAUAAUUGCUAACAUAACGUCAGCUGACGGCUCAAAGAUGGAUGCCGGAUUCUCGUCCUACCACAACGGUGGUCCCGCACGGGAACAGGACUUCGGCAGGUUGUCCCAAACGAUUGGCACCUCGAUACUGAAGAUAUCACAAAAUGUGUCUUCCAUGCAGAAGAUGGUCAACCAGCUGGGCAGUUCCACCGAUUCUCAGGAACUCAGGAAUCAGCUGCAUCAGAUACAGCACUACACGCAGCAGCUGGCGAAGGACACCAGCGUUCAUCUUCGAGAUUUGGCUAUGCUAGCGAAUAACUCUGGCUCCACGAGCCCUGGAGAACAGAGGCAGCGGAAGAUGCAGAGAGAACGCCUUCAAGACGAAUUUACCACCGCUUUAAACGCUUUUCAAGCCGUACAAAGGCUAGCUGCCUCCAAAGAGAAAGAAAUGGUCAGGAAGGCUAAGGCUAGUGCGGGUAUCGCGCCGUUCGGAGAGAAGAAACAGGAUACGCUUAUCGAGCUGCAAGACAGCAGAACGUAUGGGAGCGAUCAUGCGAAGCAGCAACAGGAGCAGCUGCAGGAACAGAUGAAUUUGCGAAUGUUAGAAGAACAGGAAGCUAGUAUAAGGCAAUUGGAGAGUAACAUUAGCGAUAUUAAUCAGAUAUUCAAAGAUCUUGGAGCUUUGGUGUACGAUCAAGGAGAAGUGAUUGAUUCUAUAGAAGCAUCGGUCGAGAGAACCGAGGUAUCUGUUAGCGAAGGCGCUUCUCAAGUGAGGCAAGCGAGUAUGUAUCAGACCAAGCUACGCAAGAAGAAAUGUAUUCUCAUAGUGAUCGCGGUAGUCGUAUUGGCGAUCUUGAUUGGUAUCAUUGUUUGGCAGAGCAAGUAAAAAACAACAUGCAUAUAUUUAUAACAGUGUACAGCAUGGUACGUAGUGCUACAAGAGACUGCUGUCCGUAAACGAUAGCAAUUCGCAGGUCAUAAAAUUCUUAGCGACGUUUUUGUUCAGUUUUAAUUGUUUUAAAACCACGCAAGGGAUAGCAUUGUCAUAGAGAUGCAGGAGAGUGGAGAAACACACGAAUCUUGCGAAUUUAAUCCAUCUAAUUGUGAUAAUCGUAGGUGCGAGCUCUGAUUUGCGAGUAAAGUUCUUAACGGCAUGUCUAAAAGUUGCCGCAGUCCAUUUGUACGUUUCAAUACUCAUAAACUAUCAGUGUAUAAUGAUCAACUAUAUUUAAUAUACAUACGCGUGUAUGACAAUUUAGAUAACUUAACGCGAUUAUGUGUAACAAAGCUAGAUAUGUGUGUGUGCGCGCGUGUGCUGUGUGGAAUGCUUAUGUAUGGUAAAAUAAGUAACGGAGUAUGCUUGUUGUCUGCAAUGGAACUAUAUGUGCCUGUAAAAUAUCUUAAAAACUAUUCCUAACAAAAAUUUCGAGGCGAAUGUCCGAGAGAGCAUUAUAGUCAUUUAAAAAUAUAUGAAAGGAUUCAUAUAAGUUAAUGUAUUUAGUUUAGGGAUGUUAAUUUUUAUUUUAAACAAGAUAUAAUAAACAAUAUGUAUAUAUAAAAAGACCGGCAAGAGCAAGAUCUGGCUCUAAUUAUUCUUACCAUACAAAUCUUAAAAUAGGUAUAUGCAAUGAAUAAAAAAAUCAACGCUUUUAAUGGAGUUCAUCUUUUUAUGUGUGUAUAUAUGUAUC